AUUGUCUCCAGCAGAGACUGUUGAAGCUCUGCACCACUACAGCCACUACAGACACCAAUUCACAGCUGAGGUGAGGAGCCCUACCGACCUGCAGAGAUGAAUCCCAAAGGGAAUAAGCCGAAGUGUAAGAUUUCGGCUUCACGCAAGCUCUCCCUAAAGAUGCUUCUCCUCACAAGAGCUUGUGAGGACUUGGAGAGGGAGACGCUGGAGAGAGAGGAGGAGAAGGUGCGCUAUCUAGGAGAGAAGUUACCCCCUCUGCAGCUGUCUGGAUUGCCACUUGAAGAGCUACAAAAUCUAUGCAAACAGCUUCAUGCUAAAAUAGAUGUUGUGGAUGAGGAGAGAUACGACUGUGAAUCCAAAGUCAACAAACACAACAAAGAUAUUCAUGAGCUGAAGCUGAAGGUUCAAGACCUCGGAGGAAAGUUUAAAAAGCCAGCUCUGAGGAAGGUGAGGGUGUCAGCAGACGAGAUGAUGCGAGCUCUCCUGGGCUCCAAACACAAGGGCUCCAUGGAUCUCCGAGCCAACCUCAAGUCUGUGAAGAAGGAGGAUGUAAAACAAGACAAGGUGCUCACUACUGAAGUUGGUGACUGGCGUAAAAACGUGGAGGCCAUGUCCGGCAUGGAGGGCCGCAAGAAGAUGUUUGAUACAGGCGGUGGAGCUCAGUGAUUCUCCAAAGAAGAACUAGGAGCAGGAAAAGAAAGUGUCUAGACAGAAAUAUGGCGUACCAGAAUGUUAGACUUAAAAUCUUCGGGAAUUACAUAGGGCUUUAGCUGUGCCUCCAUUUACCAGAUGGUGCAAUGACUCAAAGCACUUAAAGAAAAGUGUAGUUUGAGUAGAGAUCUGUUGUUUUUUUUAUUACUAAAGUGUUUUCUUAUGGCAUCUUUAGACAAUUAAAGUGGA